AUGUUUGAUCCUCUCGAUUUGUACACCCCUGAUGACAUCCAGGUUGAGGCUUUACAGUUCAAUCUAGCAGAGAGAGAGCCAAAAGAUCCUUGCUCACCGCAACGUGACGAAAUAUUAACGGCUGUAGAUGAAGAAGAGAGUGACGACGAUGACACCAUUAUCGAUAAUCUGGAUCUGCCCUCCGUGAAGUAUGCUCCGCCAGAAGUUAUCCUUUGUAUACUAAUACUUCUGAAGCCCGAUAGACAAGUAAACUUCAAUCAGGAGACAGGGAAGAACAAAUCUGUACUGGAGGUUUGCAAGAGUCAUGGGCUGGAACCCGAUCUGCUGAAAAGACUUUUGACUUGGUAUACAGAAGAAUGGCCUAACAAGAGGUUAAACUCGUUGGAAAAGAUAUGCAAUAAAAUCCCAAUGCUGAGAUUUACAGUAUCCAAAGAACUACUGUUGGGCUACUAUACUAGUGUAUUGAAAAAAUACAAUAAUAGUUGCGGAUUGAAUGAGGAAAUCAUACAAGAACUUCUUAAGGAAUUGAGCUCAAGGAUAUCCGAAAACUGUGGGAGAACGGCCCAACCAUCCAUAGUAAGAUAUUUUGAAUUAAGAAAUCUAAGCACUUCCAUACCGCUUCAUGAACCCUCUUUAACGGCCGAUAAUCUUGGUUGGAAAACAUGGGGAUCAUCUUUAAUACUUUCACAAUUAGUCGUAGAUCACCUGGAUUACCUACAUACCACUAAUGUGAACAUGUUAGCGAACAGCGACAUCAAACAGAUUAAAGUAUUAGAAUUAGGAGCGGGCACUGGUUUAGUAGGACUUUCAUGGGCCUUAAAAUGGAAAGAACUUUAUGGAACUGAAAAUAUAGAAAUCUUCGUGACGGAUUUACCCGAGAUUGUGACGAAUUUGAAGAAAAAUGUGUCAUUAAAUAAUUUAGGAGAUUUCGUUCAAGCAGAGAUAUUAGAUUGGACUAAUCCUCACGAUUUUAUAGAUAAAUUUGGACAUGAAAAUGAAUUUGACGUCAUAUUGAUCGCCGACCCGAUAUAUUCGCCUCAGCAUCCGGAAUGGGUAGUUAACAUGAUAUCGAAGUUUUUGGCGGCAUCAGGGACCUGUCACCUAGAAAUACCUUUAAGGGCAAAAUACGCCAAAGAACGAGAGGUUUUGAAAUUAUUACUAAAAGAGAGUGAUUUAAAAGUAGUUGAAGAACGGCAUUCAGAGGGUGUGGAUGAUUGGGGUGCCGUUAAGUAUUUAUAUAGGCAAAUCGUUCGCAAUUAG